CUUGAUUAUCCUGCUGCCUAACCAGCGAUAUUUUCUUGUGCGACAGAGAUGUUACAGACCAGGUUGUCCGUCAGAACUGCCUGAGAAUUAUAAGUCGCCAUUGCCCAUCAUGCAUUUGAUUCAGCGACACCACGUCAAGAACCACUUCACGAGUCAUGCCUAACGCAACCGCAACCCUCGGCUGGACUGUCGCAAACUGGGGUGAUGCUCCGGCAACUUAUACCCUUGCUUCAGACUGCACGGCCUCGACCGACCUCCAUAUUGUCCAUACCAAUGGUCCUUCCGUCCCCAUCUGGCCGGAGACGUGCACCACCACCGCCGCAGUUGAAACCUGUUGGCCAACUCCGACGGACAGCGACUUGGCGUCUGCUGCAACCAACCGCUACAGUGGGGCUUAUUGGUCUGGCGUGAAUUGUCCGUCAGGAUGGAGUUCCAUUGGCGAAGCUGCGCAUCCAACUAACGGGCCUGUUACCUCGUCCGGGGUGUUUACUAUCCAGGCUCGCCUGGAUGGAGACGACGAUGACUACGAUUGGGAUGAUAUCGAUUUUGAUCGUGACGACGAUAACGAUGAUGAUGACUUUAUUGUCUUCGGCUUCCAGGAUGCUCUCGGUGCACUCCUUGAGUUCGGAGAGACUGCGAUAGCUUGUUGCCCACGCUCCAUGUCCGUCGGCCGCAACGGCUUGUGUUACACGACCCUUCCCAGCCACACAGUAACAACGGCCUGUGUUCCCAGAUACUCGCCUUUUGUCCCGAAUCUAGUCUCAACAACGUAUGUUCUGGACGGCACAACUCACACUGGACGGAUCUUCGUUCCGGCAACAGACAACGACCCCCUUCUGCCCACAAGCACCAGCACGACGACAUUCCGUUCGCAGCAGACGAACGACCUUGUUGCCGCUAGUUUGAUCACGCCGAUUUAUGUUGUGCAUCGGGACGGUGAUGAGCCUGGGCCUUCGCAAACCGGCGGAGCGAAUGAAAGUGACAAUGGAAGCGGAAGCGGGAAUACUAAUCCUGAGGAAACGAACGGAGCAGCGACCCUUCAUGGAGGACCCGGUAUGGCACAUUGGGGUCAGAUAAAGGUUAUGGGAGGAGUCUUGGGAGCAUCGGUUCUGGCAGGGAUGUUCUUUGUCCUGCCUUGGUAGGUAGGUAUUCUGAGUACUGGCCUUUUUCUGUUGAUGGUUACUUUCGGAUUGAGUAAUAUGUUGCUACCUUGACGCUUGUCUGUGGCCCGCAGUUCAUAUAGUUCAGGUUGAGAGUUCUAUAUGCUGUUUGCAGAAAAAUGAGAGCUGUAAACGGGCAAC